UGUCUUCAAGUGCUCAAAUACUACCUCACUGACUAGACCUGCACUCCGCUCGACAGUCGCACGAGAGUACCGAGCUGAGCUCAGCGAGACUAUCGAUCAUCGCCAGCACGCACUCCCUCGAAGCUUCCUCCUCCACUUCCUCCGCGACUAUCUGACCCCUUUUUAACGAGCAAUUGAGCUGACUCGACGAUAUGUCAAAUAAGAAACCACCCAAGACUACACCGGCAGGUAUAGGAUACGGUAAACCACUGCAUCCGUUCGCCGUGACGAUCGAGGAGCCUAUCGCCAAUGCGAUUGUUCCAGAUGGUUAUGGCAUCAAGUAUCAUGCCUAUCAUACCAUUACAGAGGGUGUCUUUUUGCCGACCGGCACAUCGUUACCUGGUGGAGCGGUCUUGCCCAUGUCUUCAGUAUGCGACUUUCCCAUGGUCCUCCCAGAAGGUACGAAGAUGCCUGGUGGAGUCAUGGUCCCGAUCACGAUGCAGAAGAAGGACAAGGCCAUGCCAUCCAGUAAAGAUCCAGAUCCAGUGUGUGUGAUCCAGUAGUGGCUCGAACGGAAUCAAAAAUUCUGAAAAUGUAUACAUGUCACGUG